GGGGGGCGGCGCGGCCCGGCCGCGGGGCGGGGGCAGCGCGGGGUCCCCGCGGCGGGGCGGGUGGGGCCUCCCCGGUCCCGGUGCCCCCGUCCAGCCCCGGCGGGGUCGCCCCUGCCCUCCUGCCCUCCACCCCCCCCCCCCCCCCGGGCUCGGGGCGGCCCGGCCCCGCGCGGGCUCCGGCCGCAGGUGCAGCCGGGGCGGCGGGCGGAGGCGGCGGCGGCCGCGGCGGCCUCGCCGCUCCCGCGCUGGGACCCGCGUGGCACGGCGGGACCCUCGGCCGCGUGGCAGUAGCGAUAGAGCGCGGUAACAAUAACAAGUUGGGCAAAGCCCUGGCACCCUUUUGUACGCUAGGGAAGGCCCACCCUGCCCAAGUAGGGCUGGGAACGAAAUCCAAAGUCGUGACUCAGGAGGAGCCUGAGGAAGACGGAAGCCCUGCAUAUCUCCAAAAGCUGCCUCACCGAGUUCUUCCCACCGGGCAAAGCUGUGUAGUGCGAGAACUGAAUAUUUUGUAAUUGAGUGUGCCUGAAUGCAUCAGCCUUUGGAUGUGAGCUUCUUCUCUUGAAACAGCCUUGUGAUAUCUUAGCUGCCUGUUCUCCUAGAGAUCCCUCAGCAGAUCCUGCCAGCAUAUCUCACCCUGCCCCUGGAGGGACUGCCUUGCUCGCAGAUCUGAACCAUGUCUCACCCAUCCUGGUUGCCACCCAAGAAUACCAGCGACCCUGUUGGUCACAUUACUGCAAGGAUGGAGACCACACAUGCCUUUGGGACUCCCAGCAUCUCGGUGUCCACCCAGCAGACACCAAAGAAAUUUGCGCCUGUUGUUGCCCCCAAGCCAAAGUACAACCCAUACAAGCAACCAGGAGGUGACGGGGAUUUCCUUCCUCCACCUCCACCUCCUGUGGAUGAUCUCGGGAAUAUGCCAGCGCCACCAGGUGCCUUCCCCCCACCGCCCCCGCUGGAUGAUGUUUCUUUCAAUGUGCAGGUGAAUCCUGGUGGUAAGACCCUUGAAGAGAGACGAUCCAGUUUAGAUGCAGAAAUCGACUCUUUGACCAGCAUCCUGGCUGACUUAGAGAGCAGCUCUCCUUACAAGCCUCGGACUCAACAGGGCGCCGGGACUUCGAGCAGUGCCUCUGCCACCACCCCGUCGGUGUCAACGCCUGUCACCAGCCACAAGCGGAUGAUUAUUCCUAACCAGCCUCCCCUCACUGCCACCAAGAAAUCCACUGCCAAGGGCCCUGGGCAGCCGGCUCCGAUCCCGGUCACUCCCAUCGGCACCCUGAAACCCCAGCCGCAGCCGGUUCCCGCAUCGUACACCACUGCCUCCACCCCCAGCCGCCCGGCCUUCAACGUCCAGGUGAAAACGGCCCAGCCCAGCCCUCACUACCAGCCGCCGGGGCCGCAGCCCACUCCCUACGGCAGCCUCGGGCCGAGCCAGCCUUAUGGCCCUCCGCCGGCGCGCCAGCCGGGAGCGCCGCCGCACUACGCUCCUCCGCAGCCUCGCGGGCCUGACUAUGGCUAUGCCCCGCAGCCCGCGCGGCCCUCGGAGCCCAGCUACGGCUACGCGCCUCCUCCGGGCCGGUACCAGGACCCGUACUACACGGGAUAUGGAGGGAGGAAUGGCUCAGAGCCACCCUACGUGCCCCAAAACACCUGGAAGCCCGAGCCAGCCUAUCCUGCCAGCAACACCAUCGGCCAGACUCCUCCUGCCUUGUACCAGCCACCUGGCACGAAGAAGACCUACAUCACUGACCCAGUGUUGGCUCCGCAGCCGCCUGCUCUGCAAAAGAGCGGGUAUCCAAGCUCUGGGCCUGCAUCAAGCACUCCUGCCUUCAGGCCUGAGGAUGAGCUGGAACAUCUGACCAAGAAAAUGCUGUAUGACAUGGAGAAUCCUCCCUCCGAUGACUACUUUGGCCGCUGUGCCCGCUGCGGGGAGAACGUUGUUGGGGAAGGCACAGGCUGUACAGCGAUGGACCAGGUCUUCCAUGUGGACUGCUUCACCUGCAUGAUGUGCAACAACAAGCUGAGAGGACAGCCUUUCUAUGCAGUGGAGAAGAAAGCCUACUGUGAGCCCUGCUAUAUCAACACACUGGAACAAUGCAGUGUCUGCGCGAAGCCCAUCAUGGAAAGGAUACUCCGAGCUACUGGGAAGGCCUACCAUCCCCAUUGCUUCACCUGUGUGAUGUGCCAUCGCAGCCUGGAUGGGAUCCCCUUCACCGUGGAUGCCGGUGGGAACAUUCACUGCAUCGAGGAUUUCCACAAGAAAUUUGCACCAAGAUGUUCAGUGUGUAAGGAGCCUAUUAUGCCGGCCCCAGGACAAGAGGAGACUGUACGCAUUGUUGCCUUGGAUCGUGACUUCCAUGUCCAGUGCUACCGGUGUGAGGACUGUGGCGGCCUCCUGUCUGAAGGGGACAAUCAGGGCUGUUACCCUCUGGAUGGACACAUCCUUUGCAAGACCUGCAACUCAGCUCGGAUCCAGGCUCUUACUGCUAAGGCCAGCACUGAUCUCUGAGUAUCAACUGUGACCCUCCCCAGUCUGCCUGCUGGGAGAAUUGCACAAGCUUUGCAUGAUUUUUUUCCAGCCUAGGGCCUAAGUCUUUGUUAAAAAAAAGUAAAACUGGAAGGCCUUGGAGCAAGAGGGCAGUUGUAAAGGCUGUGUUCAGACUGCCUGCAAUAGGCACCUAAUUUAGACGUGACUCUUUAGGUGGGUGGUGAGUGAGUCAGAUCACCUGCUAUCUCUAGAGCUAAUGGAGGGAAGGGGUCACAGCACCAAAGUUAUGUGCCUAUAGAAGGAAGUCUGAAUAUGGUCCUAACAAUAUUUCUGUGUUUGAUUCCUGUCUCCUAAGCAGCACAUGAAGGUGGCUGAGCUAGCUUAUUCUCCCAAAUCCUCUUGAGAACCUGAUCCAGCUCUCUUUGAAGCCUUGGGGACCUUCCAUUGACUUUAAUGGGAACUGGAUCACCAGCAGAAAUAACUCCAUUGUAAUAGAAGGUAAAACCAGGAUGAGAGUAGAACCAGCAUCUCUCUCAUCACAACAAAAACCAUGCAACUUCAAACGUACUGCACAUAAGAGUGUAGGUGUGACCUCAUAUCUUUAGGACACAGAUUUGUUACCUACAUCUUUUUCUUAGGCCCUUUCUUGUCUCCAUUCCCUUCCAGUUUAAUAGGUUUUUUUUUUUUCCUUAUGAAAUUAUAUUUUGCUACUGCAUAAAUUUAUUUGGUAGUGAUGCUUCCAAUUCACAGAUAUAUGAGCAGUCACAGAAGGAUGUGAGCUUGCACACACUGUACACAGGCACACACUACACACACACACACACUACACACACACUCUCUCUCUCAAAAUUUACUAGAUGUAUAAAGCAAAUUACACCUGUUGAGAUCUUUUAAGGAUCUGAGGCUGCAAAUACUUUUUCAAAUCCCAGUGGUUUCAAGGAACUUUACCGCAUAGAACUGCAGUGCAAAGGGAUGCUCAAAAAAAUCUUGUGCCACUCUUUCAUGCAUCCCAUUAUAGCAGGCCCAGUGGCAGUGCUGGUUCCCAGGCAGACAGACGGAUAAGCAAUGGAGUCUUGUUCUAUCUUCUGCUGACUGCAAGGGGUGGAUUCCCAUCUACUGCAACAGGAAUUGAAUCAAACCUUGGGAUAGACAGGAACAUUAUUCACUGAUUGUAGCAUGCAUGAUUUGGAGUUCUGUUUUUAAAAAAAAAAAAAAAAAAAAAAAAAGCUGUAGUUCAGUUUUUAUCUUAAGAAAGCUAAAGGAAGUGUUAAACCCUUCUCUAUGCCAUCCCAAAAAGCAAGCAGUUUUUUCUUCUUUCAUUUUCAUCUCAGUUAUUUAUUACUUGAGCAGCAUUUUUAUCUUCUGUCCAGAAUUAAUACUUAUGCCAUGGCAAGUAAAAAGCUGGGCACAGACACCUCUUUUUUUUCUUGUUGUUAGAGUUUCUUGUUUUUCAGUUUUGUUAAUUAAAAAAAAUUAUAAAUCCAUGGCUUAUUCUGUGCAGCUAUAAUAUUCUCUCGUUCAUGAAACCCAUAAUAACUAAAGUGCAAAUUACAUAGUGAGGGAGUAAUUUUCAUAUCACUGAAUUGACAUUAAUAUCUUAUUUGCAGAUGUAAUCAAAGAAGAUACCUUUCUAUGCACUUAACAAAUUAAGAAGCAGAACUGAAACAGUUGCAGGCUGAUUGACCAUAUUAGUAACAAACCGGCACUUUUCAAGAUUAAGUUCUAACAUUUUCUUUCAUGCACCCACUGAAAAACAAUGAGAAUGUGGUGCCUCCUUCUUUAAUCUCGGUAACAGAAGUCUGAUAUACCCACUAAUGCUGAAAAGAAAAAAAAGUUAUAUGAGGUGGACCGAUAGGAAAUGAAGAGGAAGAAUUGAGAUACACACUGCAGCUCCUGCAAAUGGUACAUUUCCUUUCAGUUUAGGCACUAACCUUUAUGGAAGAGCACUGUGGAACUUAAUAGCUUUAACUGUCAACAGUGAAUUCAGAUACAGAAAUACAGAUCUGAAACCUCUGUUCCUUAUGUGGUUUGUAUAUUGGCAAGCUCCACUGAUGUCAGGGGAGAUUCCCCAAAUGAAUCCUCCUUCGUAGAAGGUAAGCAAAAGAAAUCAUUCUCCACCGUAGUGGCUGUGCUGAAGCAGUUAACAUUUUCAUAAUAGAUUUCUACCCUAGCCUUCAAGAAUUUUACUGCUUCAGACAUAAACAGAUUUUUUUUGUACCGUGACUCCUGCCAGAUUCCAUCUGGGAUCCCGAAGUGUGGCACAUAAGGUACUUUUGAGCUUGCUUCAUUAUAUGCGGUGCCCACCACCACCAGUCGAAAACCCUCACAACUAUUGAGCAAAUCCAGUUUGAAUUAGCCCUACAAAAAUACAGAAGUUCAGAGCUGGGAUUACAGCUUCCACCGUAUCCCUGUGGAGGAUUUUACACCUCUGGAAAGUACAGGGAGGGAUGUGAUGUACACGGGCACAGAGCAAGCCAGUCACCAGGCAGCAAACAGAGCUCUGAACUUCCUUAUUCUUGUUAGUUUUAAAUCAGGUAGCUGAUGAGAUGCUCCUGAAUAACGUUAUGCAAACUGGUGGGAGCCAGCUGUUGUAGCUGCAUGCAGAACAUGGCCUAGAUAAGAGACUCAGAAGAGCUGAAGCCUUUGGGCCUUCUGUGGCCCUACCAUAGGCUGUACUCAGAGCAAGUCCUACGGCUUAUCUCUUGUCUUCUGCCAUCUGCACAAGAGGGCUUCUCUCCAACUUCCUGGGGACAUUAUGCGAGUUAAAUUAAUCACAGAUUGGCCCAAACUACUGAUUUCAGAACACUGUCUUCUCUUUCUAGAAAAGUACACUGGUAUGUAGGUUUGGGAUUCCUGCCCAUUUGAAAGUUAAGGGCCAGCUAGGACAUCUAGAUCUGAAUUUCCCCAUUAUUAGGGUGCUGUGGUGAGUUGGACUGGUGUGCAGGGAGGUGAGAGCCAAACUUUUCAACCAUUAAGUACAUCAUGGGUGAAAGCAGUUUGACAAAGCUUGAGUGGUGCUAUUAUUUGAUGCAUUGCAGCUAAUUUCUAUACCUGCGUAUCUGGACAAAGGUACUAUCAUGCUUUUGCUUUCACCUCUGAAACACUAAGGCCAACUACCCAUUGGAAGGAGCAGGUAUCCAAAAUACUCUUCUUCAUUUUCUGUAAUGCAUGUGGUUUGACUUCAAAAAUUGCUAUAAAUGUGUUUGAAAGAAAUUGCACAUAUAUACAUGUAGCAUAGAGGCUCUCAUCAACCACCUGUGUAUGGAAAUCUCCCCUCGAUGCAUCAGGAUUUAAUUAGGAAAUGCUGGUGGACCUGUCUCCCUUGCACUGCAGUUAAGAACCACUGGGAUAUUGCUUCAUUGCAGUCUUUAUCGUGUGUUUAUUAUAUAUCCUCAUUUAUCUGUUCCAAAGAAAGAGUCUUUUUUGCCAAAGAGACCUUGCUUUUUUAAGAUGCACUUCUUAGCCAUGAAGAAAAUUCAUAUCAUCUGUGGCUAUGGUAAUGUCCAAAAUGUUCCUUUCAGAAAGAAUUGGAAGAUCACACAGACAUUUCUGUUUGAGUCUGCAGAAUUUUUGCUUGUGCUGCUUUGGCUUUUUCUAGUAUUUGUUGGCAAGUAGAGCUUGAUCCCAUGUUUUGUGUGGCCAGAUAGGGCCCAAGAGGGUCCAGGAUCAGGUUCUAAUUUAGCAAAAUAUUUAAGCCCAUGGGGUUUGUUUAGGCAUAGGCUUAAAAUUGUUACAUGGUGUGACUUAAGCCAUGGUUCUACAAUCAUUUCUGUAUUGCCCAGUCAUACAGAUUUGAUCUGGGCAGGAUGUGGGCACAGUUGCAUUUCUGUCAAAUUGCCCAGAACGCCUGAUAGAGCUCUGCGUCGCCUUUAGGCCGGCUGCAGGAGGACAAGCAGUAGCUGAUCCAGCAUAACGUUUGUACAACAAGAGGGUGAAUUAAAACAAGAUCGGGGCUUUGUGUCAGGUGGCUGUGGCAUUUCCCAUACGUCACAAGCUGCCCUACAGCCAGAUUUACUGUAUCUUUGAACCAUGGGUUUAAAUGUCUGCUUAAACUUUCUACAGAAGAUUGGGUUGCCUUGGUUACGGCCUAAUCCUUAAGCAUAUCCCCAAGGCUAACACUAGUAUUUUGUGAAUGUGAUGGUUUUAUUUUCACUUAUUUUAAUCAUUGCCUGAAUGUUGCUUUUAAAAACAGAAAGCAACACCAUUGCUCUAGCCUAUCAGUUAAUGCACCUUUAAUUGUGUUUUUGUUUUUUAAUAUUUUAAUUCUUAGAUUUUUAUCACAGCUGCGAAACACUUGGGCAAUGACUUAAUCAUAGAGGUGUGGGAGUAGCAAAGUGUUUGUCAUGGUGAACUCUACGUAUAGUGUUCAGCCUGGCAGCAGAAGCAGGACUUGAGUGAGACACAGGCCUUACGUUGACUUUCUGCCUAUCAGCAAAACGUGCUUGAGGAGAAUGAGGAUGAGGUGUCUUUUGGAGAAAUGGUGGGUGUUGAAGAGAAUAUGCAACAAGUCAUAGCUGAAAUCUUGUCGUUGAACAUGUAGCAGCUCCUACCUGGUAUGGUCAGCGAAGCCUAGCCUAGGCUUGAUAAAGGCUGAUUUUACAAUACCAUUCCUUUUAAUUUUGAGAAACUGCAGCAGAUGAGGGAUAAAGGGAUAACUGAACCCCAGAGAAGGUCUGUAAGGGAAAUCCUGUGUCUGUGUCCUCCUUCAGUGUCAGAGAUGGCAGUAUUAGAUACCUGGUGCCUUAGCUGAACAGCUCAAAAAGGAUUUGAGUUUUUAAUUGCUUUUUAUUAAUACCUGGUUCCUGCAGUUGAUUCAGCAUGUUGAUUUGAUAUUUGUUCACUAAGCUGUGCUGAUUACACUUUAUAUAGAUUUGAAUACUGUAAGUGAGGGCUAGCAGAGAAAAAUGUACUGAAGAAUUUCACUGUGGUGAAAUUCUCAGUAGAAAACACUAGUAAUGGUAAUUGAGGGUUUGUUGCCAAAGGAUAGCAGGAACUACUUAGUCCUAUCUAGAGGUUAGUAAGUACAAAUUAAGUACAAAUUACAAAGAGAGAGCUGUGAGAACACUAUUUCCAGUUAGAGCUGGUCACAAUUUUUACACUAAAUUAUGUGAUGUCAGAAGGGCCAUUUUUUUAAUGACAAGUUGUCUUGUUUUUGCAAUGCUAUCCACAACAGUUUUUCUUGCUAUUAUAAUUAAAACCAUAUUGAGAAUUUUUAUCUGAAUAGAUUUCAGAAUUGUUAACGAAUAUUUUCAUUUCUCAAAACCCAUGUUGUCUUUCUCAAUUUUUAUGUGGUUCUUGGUUUUCUUUUACUGGUAAAUUAAAGUUUCUAUCACAAUUUUGAAAAUUUAUUAGGAUAAAAAUCCUAUUAAAAAAACUACCUGUGUUCUUGGAAAAUGGCUCUGUAUUGGAACUGGUAAAAUUGAACCUUUGAAGCUUUUCACAAGAUGUUUUCCCCUAUUUUUUUUACUAGUUUUGCUAACUUUGAAGUCACUAUUGCCUUUGUUAGAAUAAUCCAAAUAAUGUGACUCUUCUUAAAAUAACAGCGUUGGUUCUUUUGGGUUUAUUUUUCUUUUCCAUCUUAAAGCCAUGGAGUGGCUGGUAACAAGGAGUGCCCAUGUCUUUUUCUGUAACAAUUGCAAUUUUUUGGUGUUUACUCUGAAAUUAAUGAAUAGAAGCAUAUUAUGGCUGCUGUCAUGAAUAUCAAGAGAUACUGAUUGAACUUCAAUCUCCACAUAUCCUUUUGGGUUAGAGAAUAGCAUUUCUCCUCAAACAUUUCUAGAAAUACUACCUGUCUUCCUCAGUAUUUCAAGCUUGUAUUUGCAAUAACUGAUCGCCUGUCUGGUGUUUGGAGCUACUGAGCGUUGAGAGAGAGAGUAGAUUUAACCAUUUGUGAAAUUAUAGCAUUCACGUGAAGAUCCAAGGGAAAGACGUAACCUAAGUAGGGGUCCUGGCGGCCUUUUGGGAAACAGUUCUCAUCUUUAGCCUGAGAGUUUUCUGCUGUGAUUUAAAAACACUGAGCUUGAACACUGGCAGCCCACUCUCGCAUAUGCACUCACACGCACACGGGAGAUGAUUAUGGGGAUGCAGCUAUGUAGCAACACAGGCAAUGCUGCCUAUAUCCCACUGGGCUUCACUGCUAACCACCUAUUCCCAGUCUGUUUUGGCUUCAUCUGGAAGGUGUAAGCAAGUGCCCCAUGGGUUGCUCACUAGGAUCAAGAGCACUCCGUUCUUUUUGAGACCACAUCUCUCAUUAUACCCAGAUCUUUUGGAAAAUGAAGAAGGGAACCGAAGCCCCAAGUGGUGCCGUUAACUUUACAUUUCCCCGGGGCUGGAGUCCCUCGCUGGGAAUCUGACACUCUGCUUCUCUUUAUGUUUCUGCCUCCAUCUCCCAUUGUCUGCAAGCAGGUCUCUUGCCCUCUUUUUCCCUUUGCUCAACGUGCACUCAUCUUGUAGUAGUGAAGACGGUAUGUAACUUGCUUCACAGAGGUAUUGUAAGUCUUAGCCAGUAGUUGGAAAAACUUUUUCAGAUCUUUAAUCAAGUAGUUUUGUGCAUCCAUAGUAUCAGUGGCCUGCCACAUGGAUAUCAAAGAAAAUGAUUAUAAUUAUUGCUUUUAAAAUGAUUGUGAAAUUGUGCCUUACUUUUUCAGUCAUAUUUAACCAUGUAAUUUAGAACCACAUGAUUGCAGGGAUUUAUCAUGAAGAAAUUUGUUUGAAGGAUAGUUUGUUUGUUUUUAAAUAUUUUUUCUCCAAAAAUGAAUUUAUUAGCAUUGCCUCUUUUAUUUUUUCCUCCAGUUUUAUUCCUUUAAUAUAUUUGUGUAAAAGGGCAGCCAGAAUUUGCAUUUGUGAGAGACAAGAUUUUAUUUUGUCUUGUAUGUAGAGCUUUCAUUUUCUUUUAUGUACCUUCAGGAAAAUUCCUGUCUGCCCAAGUAUUCAUACUUAGAUGUCUUUAAAUGCAGGCUGACCAGUGAGAUUUUUUUGGUUUAUUUUACUGUGUGGUUUGCUUCCCCCCCCCCUUCCCCCCCAAUUAACCAGAUAUCAGGUACUGGGGAGGCAUUGCACAUUAAUGCAGAAUGUUAAUGCUAACUGUCAUUGAAAAGACAAAAUUAGAAUCUUUCCCUAUCUCCAGUGCAGUUUUGUUGCUGUUUUGCGUACAACACCAAUAUUAAGCCAGACUGUAAAGGCAAAAUACUCAGAGUGACCUACUUCCAUUCAGCAGUGAGAAUCUUUUGUCAGCUGACUCCUGCUUGUUUGUUCAUUUUUAAAUGUCGGAUUACAGAACUAGCAUCUCCUAAAGAUGAAAGAAAACAGUGUUUUCAUGUGCAGGAAAUUUAGGGUUGCAGUAACAGAACAUUUUCUUUUUGAAUUUUGAUGUCAUGGUGUUUUAAGCUCCUGCCUGGAGCCUAAAUCAAUUUGGCCUCUCAUCCAGUUCAUCUCACUGGUGCUCCUAAAAGGCUGCAGCCCUGCAAAAGCUCAUGCAGCAUUUUUGGCCGCUUUCCCUUGCUCUCAUUUGGUACAUAUUUGCACAAUUUAACUGAGCUUUUCUUUCUGCUGAAGGUCAGAUGCAAGCGAUACGAAACACUAAACUUUAUAAACAAGCAAAGCCAUUUUAACCACAGGAUUUUGGACUAGAACGCGUUUUUAGGUGGCGCACUGUCUUCUGGCCUUUGGAGGGGGGAUCCUGAGACUACAUUUGACUGGAAGAAGAUGCAAAGCCACAAGCCUUGUUUUUUUAAUAAACUACUUACUGUAAUCCAGCUACACAGUUUCAGCCUCACACUUUAGAAGAAGCUUCCAGCAGCAAUGCAUGUACAGUCACUUUCCCUCUUUCUUGCAGAAAGUGAAACUUUCCCAACCACUGUAAAUUUAACCUAUUGCAUAAGAUGCUGGAAGUUUUUUUCCUUAGGAUUCUUUCUGUAACCUCUACGAGCAAAGGAUGAAUCGCUUUUUUCCCCCCCCCUCUUUUUUUGACAAGAUUAGAUGUUGCAUAUUGAUGAGCUAGCAUUUCAAAAGUCCGUGGGGCUUUGGAACGUAUUAAGAAUCUCUGAAGUUUAAUAUUCACCAUGUUUUAAAUAUUCAGAAGGAAAAAUCCGCAUAAAAUGGCUUUUGAUACAUACAUUCUAGGGGUUCGUUCUUUCUAUCUUACACAAGCGCUGUGGGGAUUGUGGCUGCACUGGUUUUGUUCCAGAGUGGCUUUUGUUUCAGCUUAUCAGAACCACUUUGGUCCUGUUUGCAUGCCCAGCGCUUGCCCUGAAGUCUUUUACAGUUUCCACUGGAACUGGACUCCAGGCAAGUGGAUGUAGUCGAGGCAAAGAGCAGUUCAGCAUCUGUCUGCUUUGCUGCUCCCCUCCUGUAACCCCAGGGCACAUAGGGCCUUGUGCUGAGCCUGCUUUAGCGAUGCAGUUUGGGACCAGCCCAGUGGCCAGACGCAGUUAAGAUCUUUCUUGAAAGGUGCUCCAUGCUGGUGGGGAUUUAAGGAUGGAGAGGGCAAGAUGCUAGAUGCUGGAGCAAAGGAAAGUGCCAUUCAGUGCAUCUCAAAUCCCGCAGGGCAGUUUUCCCCUCUGUUGGAUGUCCUUCUUUGGUAAGAGUGUGAGUAGUAAGGGAAAUGCUUUUAGGAGAAAUACGUCCUUGGGUUGUCCUGUUUCUCCUCUCUGAUGAAAAUCUGAUGGAAGCUGCAGAUGAGGAGGGUCAGUUGUGGGCUGUGAACACUCAGCUCUUUUGCCAUAUUAGUAACUCUCUCGUUUGCCUUACCCUUGACUUCCCACUGUGCGUACCCCGGUGUGCAGGGCAAGCUCUUUGGUCCUGCUCACCAGCCUUGACGCUGUCAUGCCAGUCCCUGCUGAAUCAGUGCCUGGUGCUUGUUCUCAGGACCGCUCUUCCUUGGGCCAAGGGCAUCCGUGUGACUAUGCAGAAGGUGGUGCUUUCAUUUUUGGCUUACAAAGAAUGCAGCCCUUUGCAAAUCACCUCUCUCUCUCAUGUAUUCCUGAAUACAUUUUUUUUAAAAUAUUUCACAGCAUUCUUUUUCCUCCUCCUUUUCUGCCAGAUGCCUUGAAAACAUUGUCAGAUUACGAUCUGGGUGGGGGUUUUCAGAAUCGAUUUCCUUUCCUUCUUGAUUGCAUGGUGUAGGUUUGCAGUGAGGUUUUUCUCUCUUUUUUUCUUUUUUUUUUUUUUUGAAAGUCUUUCAGAACAGAUGCCUUCAGUUGAUGCGAAGAAAGAUUGACUAUGAUUAGAGCUAAUCCAGGAUGGCAGGAUUGGACCCCCACAGUAAAAUCUAGAAGAGUGAUUGCAAAAGUAUUCUGUUUCUGCUUUAUUAAUUACACAGGAAGUUUCCACAGAAGGCUCAUGUAACACAACUGGCCUAUGUAAUAAGUAGCAGGGCCUGUAAUUACAGUCUGUCUUCUGAUCCUAUCUAUGUUCUGACUUUCUAGGCAUUGCAGUUCUAUUUACAUCUGUGCCUUUGCCACCAUUUAAGUUUUUGGUUGGUCACUAAAGGAAGAACGGCACAAACUGUGAGCCCUGUGGAGGUGCAGUGGGUCUAAAUGAGAGGGUUCUCCUCUUUCUCACGUAACUGCCUGAUUUGGGACUUGGAACACAGCACGCGUGUAACAGGGAAUUUUACCAGCUGUGCAGUGAAGGGAGUAGGCUGCAUGCCAGUUGUGUAUCUUUCAAGAUCUUGGAAACUUUGUAGGACUGGAAAUUUGACCCUUUUACAGGUCUUAGCUAGUGUACUGUCCAGUGAGGGAGUUGAUAUAUCAGCAUUUCUUUGCUCAGAGCAGUUUCUACAGGAUUUGACUUUUCUUUUCUUUAUGAUUCUGGUCUUUAUGGUUGCAAAGAGAUCCUUCCAGAUACGGCAUGAAGAGGCAGAUAGUUUUUGGCAUCAUGCAGACAAGCUAAACUACAUAACCCGGUAUCAGUGUAAAUCAAGAGUAACUUGAGUGGAAGUGGGAAAGCAGUGAUUUACAAGUGAUUCAAUGCCAGCUCACCAGCACUGAGCACCUUGAAGUGCAGCCUCAAGCAAUUCAGCUCACUGGGGUGUCAAUCCCAAAACCUAACUAUGAGUAAGUGACUGCUUGUGAAAAUGUUUGGUGCUGGUCACUCUGGCUGUAAUCUCUUUUUAAAUGAGUACUAAAGUUUGGGUAAAACUGCAGAACAGUGCCCCCCUCCAGUCUUUUUCUUUAAGCCAUAGUCACAGUGCUAUGUUUGAUCAAGAGGAAAAAAAGCCAUCGUGCAAAUACUACACUCUAUGCAAAAAAAAAUUAACAAUCCGCUAUGGAUACUUUUAAUGUCCAUAGAGCUAUUAUGCAAAUUGCCCCUUUGCUGCAGGAUGCACUAUUAUUUAAUCAUUUUUGGUCUGACUUUUGUAAAAAGCACAAUUAUUUUUUAAUUUUUUCUAACUCUACUUCUAAGAAAGUUGAUGCUUAAAAGAAAAAAAACCCUUACUUUCAAACAUGGGUUUUUCAGGCUUCAAAAUUAAUAAUUUCUACACCUGACCCAGUUCCUGCAGCUGCCAAAAAAGAAAAGAGAAAGCUAUUUAAAUUUCUCAUAGAACCAUUUAUCUUUUAAAAUAUGCCAAGGCAAUUUGAGGUGGGGGUGGAGACUCAGCUAUUUAUCUCAGCAGCUUGAUUUUUCUCUUUAUGUUUCUAAGUGUCGGGGGAAAAAAAUGGUAGGAAGCUAUUCUUGGGCUAUUAUUGAUGUAUUGUGUUGCCAUUAUGCAGGAUGUCUGCUUUGCUAUAUACGGAAGGACAUUAAUAAUAGCCAUCUCCCCCUGCCCCAUCCUUGGUUCCUCUUUGGGAAGAUACAGUUUAACUGGAGCAACCAUCAUUUUCAAAUUGCCGCUUUCCCCCUUCCCCCAGUUCAUUCGCAAAGUAGUUUUGGGAUCAAGGUUAAGGGAAUAAGGAGACAGCUUAUAUUCACCAUUUUUCUGCCUAUUUGUGUGGUUGCUCCAGGCAAGUCAUUUCCAUGCUAUGUACCUGUCUUCCCCCUUCCUCCCACUGUGUUGCUCCUCUUUUGAUUUUGAGUUCAUCAGUGCAAAAGGUCUUUUUCACAGUGUUUUUUCUCACAGGGGCUGGCUGGCAGAACGGGCUGAGCAACAGACUUCUGAUUUGUUAUUAUCCAGCAUGUCAUGUCCAGAAAUGUUGGUUUUCUCAUUAUUUCCCAUAACCAGGAAAAUGUAUUCCCACUCCCAUCCCUUCUAUCCCAGGUUCAGAAAGCUUGUUAUGAAGCCUUAAAGGGUUGUUCCACUUGUUUAAAGACUCGGAUAUUUGUUUUGGGUUUUGUUUUUGUUUUUUUUUUUUAAGUGGAGUGCAUGGUGAACAGGAAUAGUUUGAUGCUUAGAAAAUAACUCCUCUUCAGCAUUCCCCUGAAGUGUAGGAAGUCCUGUAUCUGCAGGUCUGUGCCAGCAAUCUGACAGCCCACAGAGCAGAGCUGACCUGAACAGGAGAAAGAACUGGCCAGUCCCAUUUCAUCUGUGAGAAGAGAGAGGUGAAAAUAAUAAACGUAGCAAAAACUAAAGGACAUAAUUGCUCUGAUUCUUUUUAAAUAGCGAAGUUUCUGAAACUCAUGCUAAUUUUAUUCCAUAGAAGCUUUGCUGCUUCAGCAUUUCUGAUAGUCAGAACCAUGCGCUCUUUAAUGGUGUCAUUAUUUUUACUCAUUGCUAGUUGUGUCCUAGUCUUGUUCUGUGCCCUAUAUGAUACAGAGACAUUCUGGCAUUUGGGCACUGAAUUAAAACAAAAUCAGGGACUCUCUCUAGGAAAGCUCAACUAGAUUUUAAGACCAAAAAAUACAAUCGGAAAGUAAAUUCCAUAGUUAUGAUGUAGGGAAGUUUUCCAAAUAUGAAUUCCAGGUGGGAGGAAUGUCUUCAUUUGGGAAAGUGCUCAGAUUUGAAAAUAAAAGGGAGAUGGCUAUUCAGUGUAGUUUCACAUUAUUGUUAUUUUCUUUCUUGGUGGUGGCUGUUCAGUCAAGAAUGAGAAAAAUGUCACCUUCUGUAGUGUUCCCUAAGCUUGUGCCAGAGCCCAGGACCUCCUGUGCUAACGUUCGCUCCAGCUAUAGCUUGCCAUAUUGCUGCAGUAUGUAUUCCCUGCAGCUAUGGGGGCGAGGAAGGCCUGCAAACCAAGCCAAGUCCACGUCAUACUCUACAUAUGCAGAACUGCUCCCUGUGGUGAGUCUGUGUCCAGCCUAGGGCUUGAUCAUGUUUUUAUUUUUGCUUAACUUAACAUCUUUGCAGUGCAAGUAUUUUGCCAGAAACAGGUGUUUUUUUCUCUGUCGUUAGCUAUGGGAUUGUGUGCAAUGAUUAGAAUUUGAGGGGAGGGAGGAGGAGAUCCUCUUCUAAUUAGGCUGCCUUUGUGCUAAUGUUUCAUUCAGGGUUGUAUGAAAUAAGAGCAGUUUGCACUGAAAUGCACAGCCGGAGGUUGUGGUUUGUGUUUCAACUAUGUUGAGAUUAUACCCAUUGAAAAGACAGAACUGGGGCUUUUUUUUUUUUUUUUUUUUACAUCUGACAGUGUUUCAUUGACCGUUCUGUAUGGGUAGGAAACCGCUUCCGGUUUGGCAAGUGGACAUUUUCUGCCUGUCCUCUGAGCCUGAUCUAGUUGUUUGCUCUAUCCAUCCAAAAAGUAGUAUUUCUAAUGUGCCUCAUGCCCAAGUAGCUAAGCACCUGACAAGCAUCUAAGCAGCACAACCAGCAAGAUGAAGAGUACGCUAUUAACUGAGUUGCCUUUACAGAAAGUGUUUUCUACUUUCUUCACUAUGUGCCUUUUCAGAGACCUGCAGCACUCCUUCAUGGGCAGCAGAGAAAUAACCCUAGUGCAGAGCAGGGAUAGGAAACCCUGAGAAAGAUGUGGAACAGAAGCAAGAGAUUAAUUUUGAGCCUCUGUUCUCCAUUGGGAUAGGCAAAGCCAUGGCUUAUCCCAUCAACAUUGCUUGUCAUCUUGCUUAACACACCUCAUUGUCUUGUAGACAACUGUUCAAUAGCGGAGGUACCGGUGUAUCUCCUGAAAGGUCUCUGUAUCUUACCGCAGAACUCCAGGGUCAUCCAUAUCUGGAGAUUUUAUUUGCUUGAUGUUGUCUGUUCUAAACUCUCCGUUACUCUUUUUUUUUGUAUAAUGUUAGAGGGGAAGAUUCAAAGAUGGACCAAAGGCUGGUGUUUAGUACUACUCAGAAUACGGAUGUUAGCUGAGCUGAUGUACUCUCACUUUCAGUCCCCAAAAUCAUGCUUUAGGAAGCUGUUUUCCCAGCUGCAGUCAGAGAGGAAUUGUCAGGUUUGUUCGAAAUGCAGCAAACGGAAGGCUUGGAUGGUUUAAUGCCUAGUACUUCACCACUGUGUCCUCUUCUGCUGUCCAUCUAGAGAGCGAGGACUGAGUGUUGGUUAAGGUAUAGGCAGAAUAAGUUAUGCCUGUACUUUCUUUUGAUUUUGCUAGAAAGGAUCUGCCUUGGUGGGAAUUCACCUUCUUUAAGGGUCUUGUAGUUUGCUGCACCAUGGCUUGUAUUCUGGGCUGUCACAGAGACAGAGGCCAGUCUCCAGGUGCCUACCCUCCAGUUAGUCAGAUGAGAGACCAGGAGCACUGAUUCAGCAGUUUUGGUACAGCGCCUUCCAGCUCGGAACAAACAGCAAAGGUUUGUAGUGUUUCAGAGCCUAACCUCUAAUGCUGGCUUUACUUUACUUACAAGAGGGUCAUAACCACAUGUGGGUCAUUCCAGAAGAAGGAUUCCUCUUGGCUACGUGCCUUUUCUGUAGCCAUUGUGAACCUCCCCAGAGCUGGGAGAGCUGCUUAGUUCUUGCAAACUGCAAGGAGGGAGUGCACCCAGGAACAUAUUUGUCCUCUGAAGCUGCUAUGCUUUGGCCUAUCCCUGCCAACCGUAGACCUGUCUGCUCUAGGGUUUGUUGAUGAUCUUGUCUACUAGGUGUGUGUUAAUUCAUAGUGGAAGAUUAGGCCAGGUUUGAGGUGGUAUUUCAGUUUUAUGGUAAUAGUUGGUUUAGCCUUUGAGAUAAAGGUUUUGCAUUAUUUCCUUCUUGCAGUUGGGAGGGGAGCAUGACUGGUCACACUUCCCCUUGUUCUGCACCAGCAGAUAGAGGCUCUCAGUGGUGUGGGAAGCAUCUUCCUUUUAAAUGUGAAUCACUAGCCUAGUUAUCUGGGCAAGAGAGGGGCAUAAAGGAGACAUUGCCUAUAUGAGGAAUGCCUUCUGCUGCAAACUCCAUGCCCUCAAAUCCUAAUGAAGUAACAUUACUUGAGCUUUUAGGACUGGUCUCCUGUCUGUCAGAACUUGGGGGUACCAGAGUUUUACCCCUUGCUGAGCACAAGCACUACCCAAGUCUGUUAGGGGCCCGAUCCUCCUGUCAUUGGAGUUUUCCUGAAUCCUGCGAGUUGCUGAGUGUGCCUCCUGGGAGGUGCUGAGUACCCUCCCUUCUCACUGAACUCUUCAGGCCGCUUGUCUCCUUCAUUGACUACUUCCACAGGGCUUUGAGGGCGCUCAGGAAAUGCAAUCAGCACCUUACAGGAUUGGUCCACUAGGUAAUAUAUGAAGUUUUUUCUCUGAUAACUUUUGUGCAUGAAUUGAAAACCAUUUAUUCCAGUUUGUUCUGAGGACAGAUGCAGCAUAUACACAUUUUCUAUAUUUAUAAAUAUAUAUAGAUAUAUAUAUAUUGUUCUCAGCUAGUUACCUCCUCUAAACUGCAAUUUUCAGAGCAACCGGCAUAUAUUUUUUAUUCAACACAUAAAAUGACUUUUUACAGUAAGAGAAUGAAAGCUGUUUUAAGCAUGUUUUCUGUAUUUUUAUUAUGCAUUAUCCAAUUAUAUUGAGAUGUAUUUUCCUCUUUGCUCUGCUCUUUCAGUUGUUAUCCUUAUUUUAUCAGUUAUGCUUUUCUAAUGUUUUGUAAGGGAAAAUAAAUAUGCAAAAUCGCCAGAUGCCUUUUUUCUUUGCAGAAGAAGUAUCACAAAUGCUUUUUUAUUACAUUUUACCAAUCCAAUAAACUUCUUAUAAAUUUCA